AUGUACCGGUCGCUCCCUACAUUGCGGCGAGCAGGCUUUUGCGUGCCUGCUGCCAUCGGUCGAGCCUCGUAUUCCACGAACUCGACACCACAUGGCACACAUCACAUCCAGACCCGUGUCUCAUCGCUGAAGCCCGAGCAAAAGAACGGACGUCGAUUCCGCGAGUUCGACCUCGAAGACCGGGUCUUCGCCGUUACAGGAGGCGGACGAGGACUGGGGCUCGCGAUGGCCGAAGCUCUAAUGGAAGCCGGCGCAAAGGUCCACUGCCUCGACCGCCUCGAAAACCCGCACCCGGACUUCGUCGCCGCGCAAGACCACGCAACCAGCACCAACAACGGCGGCCGACUACACUACCACCGCCUGGACGUGCGCGACGCAGCGCAAGUGAACUCGGUGUUUGCGACGAUCGCCUCGCAAGACAAACGGCUGGACGGGCUCAUCGCAGCCGCCGGCAUCAACCACCUGCAGUCGGCGCUCGAGCACACGCAGGCGGCGCUCGACGAGGUGCUGUCCAUCAACUACACGGGCGUCUUCAACUCGGCGACCGCCGCCGCGCGCCAGAUGUUCGCCUACCAGCAGCGCGGCUCGAUCCUGCUGGUGGCCAGCAUGAGCGGCCUGAUCGCCAACAAGGGCAUGACCUCGCCCGUCUACAACUCGUCCAAGGCCGCCGUCAUCCAGCUGGCCCGCUCGCUGGCCAUGGAGUGGGGCCGUCACGGCAUCCGCGUCAACAGUCUCUGCCCCGGCCAUAUCCUGACCCCGAUGGUCGAGCAGGUGUUCCAGCAGAAUCCGGCUGCGAGGGCCAUCUGGGAGGCGGAGAAUAUGUUGGGCCGCUUGGCUACGCCGGAGGAGUUUCGCGGUGCCGCGUUGUUUGCGUUGAGUGAUGCUAGUAGUUUUAUGACCGGGAGUACUUUGGUUAUUGAUGGGGGGCAUACCGCUUGGUAG